AUGACAAAAGAGGACAGAAUGAAGAAGCAGCGAUACGUGGGGGUCAAAGUUGAUCAGUCAUCGCUAGCGUCAGACGUGAGACCCAUGAAAAGAACCAGACUCGAACAAGGUGCAGACAACGAUUAUGAGAAUACAAUGCCUUUGUCGUUCCUUAAGGCUCAAAACUAUGAUAGAGAUCCUCAGCAGGUUUUAUAUCCUCGCCCUGAAGUGUUCACUGUUUCUCCAAGGCCUUCAUGCAACGAUGAACAUAGCACCGCAAAAUUCAAUCGGGAACUCGUUAACAACGAGGCACGGAAUUUGCUUUCAAGCGGAGGUUUACCCCCCUUUGUGUCGAAUUUUCAACAACAUUGCAUUUUCAUGUCACCAGGCUAUAAAACUGAACAAAUUAUCAAUCCCGUCGCUGUUUCGCUUCAAGCUAAAUGUCUACCCUCAACAGGCAGCAUUCCUCGGUUACAGACACGGCACUUGUCAGUUCCGGAAACCAGUGCACCACCAAAAAAGACCUUAGCAUUGAUUCUAUACCAAAGGCAAAGUAGCAACCAAGAAGAAGAAGUGGUACAAUUGAAAAGGGAUGGCGUUACAUCAAAAAACCAAGCCAUAAUUCGGGUGGCUAAAAACGGCGAAUUGUUUGGAGUGGUUAAACAGGAAAUUGCCAAUGUGUUGGCACCGUUGAUGGAUGAAAAUCUUAUUUGGACGGAGGCCUUCAUUAGGAACUCUCCUACGGGAAUGAUGAUGCCCCUUAAAAUUAUUAUUUAUGGUCCUCCUAGGAACACCGAGAUCGUGAGCACACAUUUGUAUGAGCGAAGCGUGUUCUUGUCUAAACCUCCUGUGUUCGAUGGGACCACCCGAUAUUUGAAUCCUCACAACUCACUCCCUGGUGGCUCUCAUUUUAAUAAAAAAAAUUUGCCUUAUUCUUACAAAGAUUAUCACGGAGGUUCAGGAAUGACCACCACUAGGUCGUUAGAGGAAACAAAGAACCAAAUUGACAAGGUUUUCAAUUCAUUGAUGAACGCCGAGAAUAUUCCGGAGCAACAACCUGGCAAGAAGGAUUUACAUCAAAAGCAAGCAUUAUAUUUCCUCAUGGAACGAGAAAAAUACAAUGAUUUUACCAACGAUGAGACCAAUGCCUUGACUUCUCUUUGGCGUGCCAGAACGAGUGCUGGUCGUCAUACAGUAUAUUAUAAUGUGGUUACAAAUGAUGAGAUGGAAAAAAAGCCUGUUCAGAUGAGAGGCGGCAUUAUUGCUGACGAUAUGGGACUCGGCAAGACCAUACAGAUUAUUGCAUUGAUUCUUGGCACCCAAAAAGAAGCCAUUGAUUUUUCUAAAAAGUCCACGGAGCACAUCUUCGAACAAUCGAACGGUCCAAAUACUCAUGAUUUAUGUGGGAUUUUGAACGAUCAAAGUCCUGCAAACAUCUCCGUACAGUCUAAAUCGGACUCUCCAAUAAAAUCUAGGGGCACCCUAAUUGUAUGUCCUCUGUCAACUGUAUCAAAUUGGGAGGAUCAAGUGAUUAGUCAUGUUCAGCAAGGUUCCCUGAGAUUUUAUGUGUACCACGGAGGAGCACGUGUUUCCGAUCCUUCUUUGUUGGUAGAUUACGACAUUGUAAUCACAACGUACAAUGUGUCCGGAACCGAGUUCAGCAGGGAAACAAAGAGUCAGAUACCUAGCGCUUUACAGAGGAUCCAUUGGUUUCGUGUUGUGUUAGAUGAGGCACACAUUAUUAAGGACGUGACUACAGUGCAGAGUAAAGCUGCAUGUUCCUUAAAGGCCGAGCGUCGGUGGUGUUUAACGGGGACUCCAAUUCAAAACAAGGCGGAUGACCUUUUCGCUCUUGUUAAAUUCUUACGCAUGGUUCCUUUUAAUACUAAAGAAAAUUGGACUAGUUAUAUAUUACGUCCAAUCAGGUCAUUUGACCCUGUUGGUAUAAGUCGACUACAAACGCUAAUGAAAUGUAUUACCCUUCGGCGGACAAAAAUGCUUAAUGGGAAGUCUUUACUCUCUUUGCCGCCAAGAAAUGAUCACAUACGAUAUCUCGAAUUGAAUGAAUACGAACGUAAACUAUAUGAAAAAACGCACCGCCUCCAAGCUGAACAAUUCAAGAGAUUAGAAGGAAAUAACAUAAUGCAGCACUAUGUGAACUUUUUACAAUCUUUGUUGAAAAUGCGCCAGAUAUGCGCUCAUUUUGCUUUAAUCAAGGAUUCUGAAUUGCAGAACGAUCUCGAGGAGGAAAAAGCUACCGAUGGCUUGACUUAUUCAAGGGCAAUGACGAUACUCAACCUUGUUAGAGAAAGCGGGAUAGACCAAUGUGGGUCUUGCAUGCAGGAUUUAGCCUAUAAAUCUAUUAUGACGAAGUGUGAACAUUUGUUUUGUAUGGAAUGUGCUACAAAGGUUAUGGGUUAUGUGGUAAAUUCCGAGGUUGAUAAAACAACUGCUGAUUUACGAAACUUGCAAGGAACAAUUACUUGUCCUUCAUGUGGACUGAGCUUAGAGCCGUCGGAUAUUAUUGAGGUCAGUGAUUCGAAGGAAUAUGAGAAUGAUAAUUCGAGGGUCAAAACAGAUAAGAAUUUACAUAGCACCAAGGUUAAGGCUUUGGUUGAGGACUUGAUUCAGGCGAAAAUUGAUGGAAUUAAAAGUGUUGUGUUCUCGCAAUGGACUAGAAUGUUGGAUUUAAUUGAGGACGCUUUGCUUGAAAAUAAAAUAACUUUUGCCCGACUGGAUGGCACCAUGGCCCGUGCUGAGCGUACCCAGAACAUGGAAAAUUUCAGGAAACAGGAUGAUGUCAGCGUGAUUCUCAUUUCACUGAAAGCUGGAGGUGUUGGGUUGAAUCUAACUGUUGCACAACGGGUGUACCUCAUGGAUCCUUCUUGGAACCCAUCGGCAGAAAAUCAGGCGAUCGACAGAAUUCAUCGUUUAGGUCAGACUUGUGCAGUAGAUACCGUCAGAUUCAUCAUUCGGAAUUCCGUAGAAGAAUUCAUUCUAAAAAAACAGGAGCGCAAACUUCAACUUGCGGAAUUGACACUAUCAGAAAAACUAAGUAAACAAGAAAUUACGAAGAUGAGGAUGAUGGAUUUGAUAUCUUUAUUUAAAUAA